CCUCCCUGUGGCUCCAGGUUCUGGUCGGUCUGGUGACUCUGCGUGCCGCCCGGAUCCAGGACGGCCAUGUUGGACAAUGUCCCUGUAGUGUCGUCGGCGGAGCGCCAGCAGGUUCUGGCUGCUCUGGACCGGCUCCAGAACCGGCUGGUCCAGAGGGAGGAGUGGAGCCUGAGCGCCGCCCUGGGCAGCCUGAAGGGGGCGCUGCAGAGCCCGCUGUUCGGCCGCGUCCUGACGCUGCAGCACUCCGUCCGCCAGCUGCAGCAUCAGAUCGACAGCUUGCCUCCUGACGCUCGCAGUGACUUCAGUUUCUCCAGACGCGGUCAGCUGAUUAUGAGCUCCGCCCCCUCCUCCGUCCUGACCAAUGGCUCGUCGCCUCUCUCCCUUCAGGCUCCGCCCCCAAUGGAGCGCCUGCAGCAGUGGAUCCAGGAGGCAGCGAAGGGCCGCCGGAUCGAGCCGAUCGUUCUGACCCGGCCUGCUUCAGGGGGCCUGGGGUUCAGCGUGGUCGGGCUGAACCCGGCAGGAAGCGGCGGCCACGGCGUGUUCGUCAAACACAUCCAGCCGGGAGGAAUCGCCGACCGGGACGGGCGUCUUCAGGAGCAGGACCAGAUCCUGGUGAUCAACGGCAGUCCUCUGGAACCGGGCCGGAACCACCAGGCGGUCCUGAGCUUGCUGCAGCAGCCGGGCGAGACCGUGGAGCUAGUGGUGGCCCGGGAUCGGGUCGCACCAGGAGGUCCAACUGAAGGGUCGGUCGGCACGGACCUCUGGGGUCAUGUGGAGGAGAUCCAGCUCUCCAACGAUGGAUCCGGUUUGGGCUUUGGGAUUGUUGGUGGGAAGACGAGCGGAGUGGUCGUCCGAACUCUGAUCGCCGACAGCGUAGCCGACAGGGACGGGCGCCUCCGCACAGGUGACCACAUCCUCCGCAUCGGGUCGACGCCCACCAGCGGCCUCACCAGCGACCAGGUCGUCAAGGUUCUGCAAGCCUGUGGCGGUCAUGUGACCAUGCUGAUCGCCAGGGACCCCCGAGGACAGGCGACCACCGCCCCGGCUGCGCCUCCUGACUCCGCCCCCUUUGUUAAUGUACCUCCUCCACUUCCUGACUCCGCCCCCGUUACGUCCUUACCUCCAGGUUCUCCUGUAGCCCCGCCGCAGUGCCGGCCCAGCAAGACGCCCAACCUGGAGGGAUACGAGAUCCAUGAAGUUCCUCUCACCAAGAAGAACGGCCAGAGCCUCGGCAUCUCCAUCAUCGGCUUCAAUCCAAUGACCAGCCAAGAUGCAGUGGGUGUGUUUGUGAAACACGUGGUUCCUGGCAGCGCCGCGGACCAGAGCGGAAACAUCCGGGUCCAUGACCGCCUCCUGGCUCUGGACGACGUCAGUCUCCAUGGAAUGACCAACCAGGAGGUUCUGGAGGUGAUGAAGCAGACGGGUCAGACUGUGGUUCUGACUCUGGUCCGGAAGAAAGCCCAAGGCCCGGAAAGAUCCCUGGAUAAUGUGGAGCGGGCCUCGACCAGGGGGUCUCAGAGGAGGAACCUGGAGGUCAAAGGUCGUUUGUCAGCAUCUGGAUCCAUCGUGAUGAUGAGACAGGAAGUGACAUAUCCCAACGUGGCCCAACUGAACAGAGCAUCUGAUGCAGAACUGCGGGCCAAGUGGGAGGCAGCUCUGGGACCUCAGUACCUCGUCCUGGUGGUGAACCUGGAUCCCGUCAUCCAAGACGAUGCAGAGCUGCAGAAAUCCUCCAAGCUGCUGCCCAUCCACAUCCUGCGUCUGGGCGUGGAGCUGGACUCCUUCGACGGCCACCACUACGUCUCCUCUGUGGCCCCUGGGGGCCCCGUGGACAGACACGGUGUGCUGAGGCCUGAGGAUGAACUGCUGGAGGUCAACGGUGUCCAGCUGUACGGGAAGUCCCGGCGGGAAGCCGUGUCCUUCCUCAAAGAGGUUCCCCCUCCGUUCACUCUGGUUUGCUGCCGACUCCUGAUCCCAGACCAGGAACCGGAACCAGAACCAGAACUGUCCGUUCCACCACAACCAGCAGCAGAACAUCGGAGCAUCGAAGAGAUGGAGAUGAAGCUGUCGUCGAUGCUGCGCAGAGAGGAAGAGGAGGAAGAGGAGGAGCAGCAGCAGGGUUCUCCUGUGGAGGAGCUGACGAGGAGCGAGGACUCCAGCCUGGAGGAAGAGGAGGAGGAUGAAGGCGAGCUGGCUCUGUGGGGUCCGGAGGUCAGCGAGGUGGAGCUGCAGAAGGAGACGGACCGAGGCCUGGGCUUCAGCCUCCUGGACUACCAGGACCCGUUGGAUCCUGGUCGCUGUGUGAUGGUGAUCCGCUCUCUGGUUCCUGGUGGGUCUGCGGAGCGUCAUGGAGGUCUGCUUCCUGGAGACCAGCUGGUAUCAGUUAAUCACACCCAGUUGGACCUUCUUACCCUGACCGAGGCAGUGGAGGUGCUGAAGUCGGUACCACCUGGUACCGUCCGCCUGGGAGUCUGCAAACCCCUGGUGGAAGCAGCCGAUCCCAGCAGAGAGAACAUGAUCCAAGAUUCUGCUGGAGGCGACCCGCUACCAGAGGUGAAUUUUCUGAACUCUGGAUCCAAACAAGCAUCAGAACUUUUCCCUCAUGUGGACGGGAGCAGAGGGAGCGAUCAGCGCGGAACCGAGACAAAAUGGACCUCAUCGGGUCCCAGUGAAAACUCGGAGCUUCCAGAUGAUUCCUAUCAGGAGGAACCGGAGCUGAUCCUGGACGGAGGUCUGCCUCGCUACGCCUCCUCUCUGACCUCUGACCUCCUGCCAGCGGAGGAGGGCCUGGAGAUGGCUGUGGAUGAAGAGGAGGAUGAAGAGGAGAGGAGCUCGCUGCCCAGGAAGCUUCCUCCAUCCUGGGAGGACUGGAAGCUGUGGUCUGCUGGCCGAGCAGGAGGUCCACAGGAGCUGCAGGUGAGGAGAGACUCUCAGGAUGACGAAGAGCUGCAGAAGUCCGACCUGGAGAGCAUCUCAUCUGUUGGGAAACUGAUCCUGGGUCUGCCCGACUCCAGGGACGGCGAGGCCGAGUCCGAUCUCACUCUGACCGACACCGACACCGAGUCCGUCAGGAUGGUCGCCGCCGGCAGCAGGAAGAGGCGGAGCCAAGGCCGCAGAAACCUGCCGGAGAGGGAGGAGGGGGAGGGGGAGGAGACGCCUGCCUUCAGCCACUGGGGGGCGCCACGCAGGGUGGAGGUGUGGCCUGAGGACGGCCAGUCUCUGGGCCUCAGCAUCGUGGGCGGGCGCCACGUCAUCAAGCGUCUGAAGAACGGCGAGGAGCUGAAGGGAAUCUUCAUCAAGCAGGUUCUGGCUGGCAGCCCGGCCGCCCGGACCCGCUGCCUGAAGACCGGAGACAAGAUCCUGGAGGUGUCCGGUGUGGACCUGCGAGCGGCGAGUCAUGAGGAGGCGGUGAGCGUCAUCAAGUCCGCGCCGAGUCCGGUCGUCUUCAUCGUCCAGAGCCUGUCGGCGACGCCGCGGCCGGUGUCGCUAACAGCUUCCAGCUACAGCAAACACAAAGCCAAGCGGACCGAUCCUCUGGUACCUGAGGCAGCCCUGCCCCCCCUCAGAGAGCCCCCACCCUACAGACCUCCCAGCCAAUCAGAGCAGGAGCUGACUGCUCACCUGCAGAAGGUCAAAGGACUCUUCUGCUCCACACACUCUGACACACACUCUGACACACACUCUGACACACACUCUGACACACACUCUGACACACACUCACUCACUGUCGCUUCCCCCGUGGAUUUAUGUUGGAGUGUGAGGACUGGAGCAUGGACGAUGCUGCCGCCGGAGCGCUGCUGUGAGCGUUAUGGCGACCUGCAGGGGGAGCUGCUGUGUGUGGACCUGGAGAAGGACCGGCAGGGUUUGGGUCUCAGCCUGGCGGGAAACCGGAACCGGUCCCGGCUCAGUAUCUUCGUGGUGGGCCUCCAUCCCGGCGGGCCGGCCUCCAGAGACGGACGGAUCCGCGUGGGAGACGAGCUGCUGGAGAUCAACAACCAGAUCCUGUAUGGGCGGAGCCACCAGAACGCGUCAGCCAUCAUUAAGACCGCCGCCGCCAAGGUGAAGCUCAUCCUGCUCAGAAACAACGACGCUGUAAACCAGAUGGCUGUUUCUCCUUUAACGGCUCCUCCUCCUGCUGCUCCUCCUGCUGCUCCUCCUGCUGCUCCUCCUGCUGCUCCUCCUGCUGCUCCUCCUGCUGCUCUCCUGCUGCUCCUCCCACCCCGGUUGGCUUGGAGGUUCUUGGGGUCGAAGGUCAGAGUCAGGAAACAGAACCUGCAGGUUGCCGUGGUAAUUCCGUCCAGCAGGGGGAGCCGCAGCCUCACAGACGGAGAAGAACCUGAGGCAGAAUCAGAACUGGGUUCAGAUGGAUGUAAAAACAUGGCCGCCUCUGUGUUUCUGGGUCAGGUCGGAGGCUCCGCCCCCCCUGAGCAGCUCUGCCCCUCGCCGGACCUGCCGGUCAGAACCGACCCAUGUUCUGCUGAACAGGACCAGAACCCGACCAGCGGGUUUGUUCGGAGCGACAACGCCCCCGAGAGGCCAGAGGUGGAGACGCAGAGGACGGUCCAGAGAAGCUCCGCCUCCUUCGGCUGCUCCCAGAGGCUCAGCGAUGCCGCAGACAGCGAUCCCCAGGCUGCCAGGGCGCCGCCGGAGCUCCAGUCCAGGAGCUCCAGCCGACAGACGGCAGCUUCUCCUCCUCUGGUCGGCGCCGAGGUCCAGUCUGCUAGUCGAGGUACCGCCCACGAUUCUGGGCUGCCCACGUCGGACCCGUCUGGCUGCGCAGUGGUUCCGGGUCAGGAAACGGUUCUGGAGAUCUGCAAGGGUUGGUCCGGACUUGGGCUCAGCAUCGUGGGAGGAACUGACACCCAGCUGAACGCCAUCGUGAUCCAUGAGGUGUACGAGGAAGGAGCGGCAGCCCGGGACGGACGGCUCUGGGCCGGAGACCAGAUCCUGGAGGUGAACGGCGUGGAUCUGCGCGGGGCGUCCCAUGAGGAGGCCAUCGCCGCCCUGCGUCAGACGCCGGCGAAGGUCCGGCUGACGGUUCUGAGGGACGAGGCCCGGUUCCGGGACAAGGAGAACCUGGACCGGUUCCGGGUGGAGCUGCAGAAGAAGAGCGGCAGAGGACUGGGCUUCAGCAUCGUCGGCAAGAGGAGCGGCAGCGGCGUGUUCAUCUCGGAGGUGGUCAGAGGGGGCGCCGCUGAGCUGGAUGGACGGCUGAUGCAGGGAGACCAGAUCCUGUCGGUGGACGGAGAGGACACGAGACACACGUCCCAGGAGGGCGUGGCCGCCAUGCUGAAGUGUGCCCGUGGACCCGUCCAGCUGGAGCUCGGCCGCCUCAAAGCCGCUUCCUGGAUGUGCUCCAGACUGACCACAGGGGGGAGCCAGAUGAGCGACAUCAGCAGCUCAGGUGUUGAGGCUCCGCCCCCCCCACCUGCCUCACCUGACCCCACGAUGACACCUGAGGAAAUCAGCGCCAAGACCAGCAGUGACAUCACUUCCUGCUCCGAGAGCAGCUCAGGCGUCCGGACGGUGCAGAUCACCAGGGGCAGCGGCGACUCCCUGGGGGUGAGCGUGGCGGGGGGGCAGGGCAGCCCGCUGGGGGACGUCCCCGUCUUCAUCGCCAUGAUCCGGGCCAACGGCGUCGCCGCCAAGACACACCGGCUGAAGGUGGGGGACCGGAUCGUCAGCGUGGGGGGACAGCCGGUGGACGGACUGUCCCACAGCGAGGUGGUGGCCAUGCUGAAGAACAGCUACGGGAACAUCAACCUGCAGGUGGUGGCCGACACCAACAUCAGCGCCAUUGCUACUCAGGUGGAGAGUCUGAGCGGCAGCUGCAGUCUGACGGCGAGCAGCGACACACACACACCGUCUGAGUCAGACGGUCCUCGGUCCCGCAGCAUCACUCUGGAGAAAGGCUGUGAGGGUUUGGGCUUCAGCAUCGUCGGGGGUUUCGGCAGUCCGCACGGAGACCUUCCCAUCUACGUCAAGACCGUCUUCAGUAAGGGCGCGGCGGCGGUGGACGGGCGUCUGAAGCGUGGCGAUCAGAUUCUGUCGGUGAACGGCGAGAGUCUGCAGGCGGUGACCCAUGAGCAAGCAGUGACCAUCCUGAAGAAGCAGAGGGGGACGGUCACCCUGGACGUCCUGUCCUGACCUGGACGUCCCGACCUGGACGUCCCCGUGUCUCCGCCGUCAUUCGGGUCAACGGUUGCUCUGCUUCGUCUCCAUUUCCUGCUCCGCCCGCCAGGCGCCUCCCCAGUUCUGCUCACCUUCCUCUGCAGCUUCUCAGUGGAACAACUUCCUGUCGGGUUCUGGAACCGGAGCGCCGCCUGGACCGGCCCACAGUGAACCGCAGCAGGAGCUGCGGUCUGCCACCUGGUGGUCAGAGUGGGGACUGCAGUAUGUCCUCCUGCAGGUUCGCUUCGUUUCCAUCGGAUCGGACCCGGCUCACCCGGUCCGAUCAUCAGAACGGACCAACCAUGUCUCCGUGGUGACCCCUCUCAUUCCUCGGGUUGAACCUUUCUCCUGAGGUUCUGGUUCUGUCCGGAUCAUUCCCGGCAUGUUUCAGACUUCCCCAGUGUUCCCAGUGUUCCCAGUGUUGAUGCAUGCAGCAGCGUGACACUAGCACCACAGCUUAGCACGGAGCCGUUUGAUUGGUUGGCAGCCAUGAUGUCACACCAGGUCGCAGAAAAGCCUCAAAAGUUCUGGAAAGCCAAGAAGAGAUUGUUUUGGGUUCCGGUUCUGGUUCCUGUCCCGGUUCUGGUUCUGCGGGUUUGGCUGGCUUUCUGCCGUCAGGCGACCUAAACGUUUCGGUUUCGGUUCUGGUUCUGUUCCAGGUCCAAAGUGCCGUUCAUCAAUUCGUUACUUUAUUUCAUGCAGUCGAUGCAUUUUUAUGAUUCCUCUGAGCGUUGUUGUUUGUCCGUCUCCAUGGAGACGGCUCUCAGGAUGUUGUUGGCAUGGUGCCCGUUGCCUUGACAACAGAUGCAGUGUCUUCCACGUCCAUAUUAAAGCUGCAGGCUGACGUUCCUCAUGAUCCCAAAAUAAACUUCCAAACCCAGAAAAGCGGAUCUGGAGAGACUCGGCUGCUCAAAACUCCCUGAAGGUUUUCCUGGAUGUCAAACUUCCCAGUUUUCCGGUAAACAUUCAGGCGUAGCUGGAACGUUCCCGGCCGUUUUCCCUGCUGAGCAGAGAUGGGAUGGUGGCCAAACGUUCCAGAGCAGCUUGAAGUUUUCCUCUGAGAAACUGAAUCUCCUGAUCCGCCUGCAGCCUUUACUUCAUUCUGCUGAACUUUUCCUCGUCUUGCUCCUGGUAAAAUCAUCGCCACAUUUUAAACCUUUAGAAACGUUUUUAUCUUCACUUUGGUGUCAUGACUGCAGCUAAAUUAACUUCUAUCAGCUGCUUUAAAACCUGGGUGUUUGUGCAACUGAGUUGUGCUAACAUGUUAGCUUUGUCCGUAAUAAACAAAACUAAGCUAAGGCAGACUUUUACAAGAUGUUGUUAGCUCAGUUAUCUUGGCUAGCUCUGUUAGCUCUUGGUUGUACAAAAUAUGCUCAAUUUUAUAGCUUAGCAUAAUUUCAUCUCCACUCAAACUCAAUCUGUGACGUAAAGGUUUCUAAUUUAAUGUUCACAAAACAUUUAAAGAGCAACGUUUCAUAUUUCACCAGAUUAGCUUCGUAGCUAAACUCUUUUACAUUUUGCUGUUAAUCAGUCAGAAACACUGAAAUUGUAAUUAUGAAUAUAGAAUUGCUUAGGAAGAUUUAUUAAGAUGUUUAUAAUUCUUUAGAAGCUAAAGCUAACUUGUUGUUAGCAUAACAGUAGAGAGCUAAAGGGAAAACAGUCUGCAGAAAUUUACAUAUCAAGUCAUGUGCACAAAUAUUCUGUCUUAAUUUAUUUGUCGUUUCCACUGGAAAUAAUCAGAUUUCUGUGUUUUUGUUGCCACUUUGUGCCGCAUCCCAUCAGAACCUGAAACGGGUCCGUUUUAGUUUCAUGUCACGUUGUCAAAUGAUUCUGGAAAAUGUUUUUGAUUUAUAGUGAGAUUUAAAUGAUGAUUAGUUGAAAAAUGAAUAAAGAUUUCUCUGUUUAUCAGGAACAAACAAACUUUAAACUGUUUCAAUUUGCAUUAAAUUAAUUC